UGUCAAUCAAAGGCAGAGCUCUCAGAGCUGGGAAGGAGGCUCUAGAUGGCGGCUGUGCCUUAGAGAGAGCGCGCUCUGCUCCCUGCCUUCGCCUCACUUUACGCAACUUUCCCUAACUUUCAGGCAGCCUCAGGGGGCCCCCGCAGCCCCCUGCCUGUCCUAGUGACUUACUGGGGUCGAUUCGAACCUUUUUUAGGGAGAAAAGCAGCUUUUGGGAGCUUUCUUUUCGUGCCUUGUUGGAAAGAAGCAGCCGUACUGAGAGCCCAGGUCGUUGUUUUUUCCAGCUUAGAAGCCAUGGCGCACCUCCAUUUUUGUGCGCUCUCCUAAUGAGGUUUUUUUUCUUCCGGACCCGUUUUAGGAUUAAUUGUUGCUGUAUUUUUUUGACCAGUUAACAUAUUUGAGGAUAAUUUUAUUUAUUUUUUGUUUUUUAACGGAGGAUUUUGUUUUUAUUUUUAAUUAUUUGGAUCUGAUAUUUUUCUACUACUAGAUAGGACUCUUGCUUUGGACCUACUACAUGGAUCAGUAAAUACCUGGGCACAGGACUUCAAAGCAAACACAGAUUCCCCCUCCCCCUUAAUAUUUAAGAAUUAAAAGAUGAUGAGAAAUAAGGACAAAAGCCAAGAGGAGGACAGUUCGCUACACAGCAAUGCAUCGAGUCAUUCAGCAUCUGAAGAAGCUUCGGGUUCAGACUCAGGCAGCCAGUCGGAGAGCGAGCAGGGCAGCGAUCCAGGAAGUGGACAUGGCAGCGAGUCAAACAGUAGUUCUGAAUCUUCGGAGAGUCAGUCAGAAUCUGAAAGUGAAUCAGGAGGUUCCAAAUCCCAGCCAGUUCUUCCAGAAGCCAAAGAGAAGCCAGCCUCUAAGAAGGAACGGAUAGCUGAUGUGAAGAAGAUGUGGGAAGAAUAUCCUGAUGUUUAUGGGGUUAGGCGGUCAAACCGAAGCAGACAAGAACCAUCACGAUUUAAUAUUAAGGAGGAGGCAAGUAGCGGGUCUGAGAGUGGGAGCCCAAAAAGAAGAGGCCAGAGGCAGCUGAAAAAACAGUCUUACGUGCAUGUUCUUUCAAGCUUGUUGCCUGUGAAACCACUUCUCUCCAGUUUGACUGUAGAAAAAUGGAAACGGGAGCCCUCAGAAGAUGAACAGGAACAAGGCACCAGUGCAGAGAGCGAACCAGAGCAAAAAAAAGUGAAAGCCAGAAGACCUGUCCCCAGAAGAGCAAUGCCCAAACCUCGUGUUAAAAAGCAACCUAAGACUCAGCGUGGAAAGAGGAAAAAGCAAGAUUCUUCUGAUGAUGAGGAUGAAGAUGAUGAAGCUCCCAAAAGGCAGACUCGCCGCAGAGCGGCUAAAAAUGUUAGUUAUAAGGAAGACGAUGACUUUGAGACUGACUCAGAUGACCUCAUUGAAAUGACUGGGGAAGGAGUUGAUGAACAGCAGGAUAAUAGUGAAACUAUUGAAAAGGUCUUAGAUUCAAGGCUGGGCAAGAAAGGAGCCACUGGAGCUUCUACUACUGUAUAUGCAGUUGAAGCUAACGGAGACCCUAGUGGUGACUUUGACCCUGAAAAGGAUGAAGGCGAAGUCCAGUACCUCAUCAAGUGGAAGGGCUGGUCGUAUAUCCAUAGCACGUGGGAGAGUGAAGAGUCCUUACAGCAGCAGAAAGUGAAGGGCCUAAAAAAACUAGAGAACUUCAAGAAGAAAGAGGAUGAAAUCAAGCAAUGGUUAGGGAAAGUUUCUCCUGAAGAUGUGGAAUAUUUCAACUGCCAACAAGAGCUGGCCUCAGAGCUGAACAAACAGUAUCAGAUAGUCGAAAGAGUAAUAGCUGUGAAGACGAGCAAAUCUACACUGGGUCAAACAGAUUUUCCAGUUGCUGAUCUGUACAUUUUUAUAUGUGAAAUAGCUCACAGUCGGAAGCCGGCACCUUCCAACGAACCUGAAUAUCUAUGCAAAUGGAUGGGACUGCCCUAUUCAGAGUGCAGCUGGGAAGAUGAAGCCUUGAUUGGAAAGAAAUUCCAGAGCUGCAUCGACAGCUUCCAUAGUCGGAACAACUCAAAAACCAUCCCAACAAGAGAAUGCAAGGCCCUGAAGCAGAGACCACGAUUUGUGGCUUUAAAGAAACAGCCGGCGUAUUUAGGAGGAGAGAAUCUGGAGCUCCGAGAUUAUCAGCUAGAAGGUCUCAACUGGCUUGCUCAUUCUUGGUGCAAAAGUAACAGUGUAAUCCUUGCUGAUGAAAUGGGCCUAGGAAAGACCAUCCAGACCAUAUCAUUCCUCUCCUACCUGUUCCACCAACACCAGCUGUAUGGCCCCUUUCUUAUAGUCGUCCCUUUAUCCACCCUCACCUCAUGGCAGAGAGAGUUUGAAAUCUGGGCACCAGAGAUUAACGUAGUGGUUUACAUAGGUGACCUGAUGAGCAGAAAUACGAUACGAGAAUAUGAAUGGAUUCACUGUCAGACCAAAAGGCUGAAGUUCAAUGCACUUAUAACAACAUAUGAGAUCCUCUUAAAAGAUAAGACUGUGCUGGGCAGUAUUAACUGGGCCUUUCUGGGAGUGGACGAAGCCCAUCGGUUGAAGAAUGAUGACUCUUUAUUGUAUAAAACUCUGAUUGAUUUCAAGUCCAACCAUAGGCUCCUGAUUACGGGGACCCCUCUUCAGAAUUCCCUCAAAGAGCUCUGGUCCUUGCUGCACUUUAUUAUGCCGGAGAAGUUUGAGUUCUGGGAAGAUUUUGAGGAAGACCAUGGGAAAGGGAGAGAGAAUGGCUAUCAGAGUCUUCAUAAGGUGCUAGAGCCUUUCCUUCUCCGGAGAGUGAAAAAAGAUGUGGAGAAAUCCCUUCCUGCCAAAGUGGAACAGAUUCUCAGGGUGGAGAUGUCAGCCCUUCAGAAACAGUAUUACAAAUGGAUUCUGACUAGGAAUUACAAGGCUCUUGCCAAAGGAACAAGAGGCAGCACAUCUGGUUUCCUUAAUAUUGUGAUGGAACUGAAAAAGUGCUGCAACCACUGUUAUCUCAUUAAACCUCCCGAAGAAAAUGAAAGGGAAAAUGGACAGGAGAUUCUUCUGUCCUUGAUCAGGAGCAGUGGGAAGCUGAUUCUAUUAGAUAAACUGUUGACAAGACUUCGAGAAAGAGGGAACAGAGUCCUUAUCUUCUCUCAGAUGGUGAGAAUGUUGGAUAUCCUGGCUGAGUACCUGACUAUUAAGCACUAUCCUUUCCAGCGUCUGGAUGGUUCCAUCAAGGGAGAAAUCCGAAAACAGGCACUGGACCACUUCAAUGCAGAUGGGUCUGAGGACUUCUGUUUCCUGCUCUCGACAAGGGCUGGUGGCCUGGGAAUCAAUUUGGCUUCAGCGGACACAGUCGUCAUCUUUGAUUCUGACUGGAACCCCCAGAACGACUUGCAGGCACAAGCCCGAGCCCACAGAAUUGGUCAGAAGAAGCAGGUAAAUAUUUACCGCUUGGUUACAAAGGGGACCGUGGAGGAAGAGAUCAUAGAACGGGCCAAAAAGAAGAUGGUAUUGGACCAUCUGGUGAUUCAGCGCAUGGAUACCACUGGCCGGACAGUUCUGGAAAACAACUCUGGAAGGUCCAAUUCAAAUCCUUUUAAUAAAGAAGAGCUGACAGCGAUUUUGAAAUUUGGAGCAGAGGAUCUCUUCAAAGAACUUGAAGGGGAGGAAUCAGAGCCUCAGGAAAUGGAUAUAGAUGAAAUUUUGCGCUUGGCUGAAACCAGAGAGAAUGAAGUCUCAACAAGUGCAACAGAUGAGCUUCUGUCACAAUUUAAGGUUGCCAACUUCGCAACAAUGGAGGAUGAAGAAGAACUAGAAGAGCGUCCUCACAAGGACUGGGAUGAGAUCAUUCCAGAGGAGCAAAGGAAGAAAGUAGAGGAGGAAGAGCGGCAGAAAGAGCUGGAAGAAAUUUAUAUGUUACCUCGAAUUCGGAGUUCCACUAAAAAGGCUCAGACAAAUGACAGUGACUCUGAUACUGAGUCUAAGAGGCAGGCCCAGAGAUCCUCUGCCUCUGAGAGUGAGACAGAUGACUCUGAUGACGACAAGAAGCCCAAGCGCAGAGGGCGCCCCCGAAGUGUGCGGAAGGACCUCGUGGAGGGAUUCACUGAUGCCGAGAUCCGGAGGUUCAUCAAGGCGUAUAAGAAGUUUGGUCUCCCUCUUGAACGGCUGGAGUGCAUAGCACGUGAUGCUGAGUUGGUAGAUAAGUCUGUAGCAGAUCUGAAGCGCCUAGGGGAAUUGAUUCACAACAGCUGUGUGUCAGCAAUGCAAGAAUACGAAGAGCAGCUGAAAGAAAAUGCCAGCGAGGGGAAAGGACCAGGGAAAAAGAGAGGCCCAACUAUCAAGAUAUCUGGGGUUCAGGUUAAUGUGAAAUCUAUUAUCCAACAUGAAGAAGAGUUUGAGAUGCUGCAUAAAUCUAUCCCUGUAGACCCUGAAGAAAAAAAAAAAUACUGCUUAACCUGUCGGGUCAAAGCUGCACAUUUUGAUGUCGAGUGGGGAGUAGAGGAUGAUUCUCGCCUGUUGCUGGGAAUUUAUGAACAUGGCUAUGGAAACUGGGAGCUCAUUAAAACGGAUCCAGAGCUUAAGUUAACUGACAAAAUCCUGCCAGUGGAGACAGAUAAAAAGCCCCAGGGAAAGCAGCUGCAGACCCGAGCGGACUACUUGCUGAAGCUGCUCAGGAAGAGUCUGGAGAAGGAGGGGGCCGUGACGGGCGGGGAAGAGGCCAAAUUAAAGAAGCGGAAGCCUCGAGUAAAGAAGGAAAACAAAGCACCGAGGCUGAAAGAUGAGCAUGGAAUUGAGUUUUCAUCUCCUAGACACUCAGAUAAUCCAUCAGAAGAGGGAGAAGUAAAGGAUGAUGGCUUAGAAAAAAGUCCAAUGAAAAAGAAACAGAAGAAGAAAGAGAACAAGGAGAACAAGGAGAAACAAAUGAGUUCUAGGAAAGACAAGGAAGGGGACAAGGAAAGGAAGAAAUCAAAAGAUAAGAAAGAGAAGCCUAAAGGUGGUGAUGCCAAAUCUUCAAGUAAAUCAAAGCGAUCUCAGGGUCCUGUCCAUAUUACAGCAGGAAGCGAACCUGUCCCCAUUGGAGAGGAUGAGGAUGAUGAUCUGGACCAGGAGACAUUCAGCAUAUGUAAGGAGAGGAUGAGGCCUGUGAAAAAGGCACUGAAACAGUUGGAUAAACCUGACAAGGGGCUCAGUGUACAGGAACAGCUGGAGCACACCCGGAACUGCCUGCUGAAAAUCGGGGACCGGAUAGCCGAGUGCCUUAAAGCUUACUCAGACCAGGAGCACAUCAAACUGUGGAGGAGGAACCUAUGGAUUUUUGUUUCCAAGUUUACAGAAUUUGAUGCUCGAAAAUUGCAUAAGUUAUACAAGAUGGCUCACAAGAAAAGGUCUCAAGAAGAAGAGGAGCAGAAGAAGAAAGAUGAUGUGAUUGGUGGUAAGAAACCAUUUCGACCAGAGGCCUCGGGUUCAAGCCGGGAUUCCCUGAUGUCUCAGUCCCACACCCCGCACAACCCUCACCCUCAGAAGCCUCAUUUGCCUGCGUCUCAUGGCCCACAGAUGCAUGGACACCCAAGAGAUAACUAUAGUCACCCCAACAAGAGACACUUCAGUAAUGCAGAUCGAGGCGACUGGCAGAGGGAAAGAAAGUUCAACUAUGGUGGUGGCAAUAACAAUCCACCCUGGGGUGGUGAUAGGCACCAUCAGUAUGAGCAGCACUGGUACAAGGACCACCAUUAUGGGGACCGGCGACACAUGGACGCCCACCGUUCAGGGAGCUACCGACCCAACAACCUCUCCAGAAAGAGACCUUAUGACCAGUACAGCAGUGACCGAGACCACCGGGGACACAGGGAUUAUUAUGACCGGCACCAUCACGACUCCAAACGGAGGCGAUCCGAUGAAUUCAGGCCUCAAAAUUACCACCAGCAGGAUUUCCGACGAAUGUCUGAUCACCGCCCUCCUAUGGGCUACCACGGCCAGGGACCCUCGGACCAUCACCGCUCUUUCCACACAGACAAAUUGGGGGAGUAUAAGCAGCCCCUCCCCCCGCUGCACCCCGCAGUCUCAGAUCCUCGCUCGCCCCCUUCUCAGAAAUCUCCUCACGAUUCCAAGUCACCCCUGGAUCAUCGGUCUCCUUUAGAGAGAUCACUAGAACAGAAAAACAACCCAGAUUAUAACUGGAAUGUUAGAAAAACAUAAAGAUAGUUUGGCAAGAAGGGGCGUGCAAGAGUCUUUAAGCACCUGGAUGUUUUUGGUCUGGUCCACAGGAGCCAGUUAUCUAGGCCAGUGAUGGCGUUUCUGGACACGCUGCUGCUGUCAGCUCGCCACUGAGGGAGCACUUCAGGGAGUGGGGGGCCUUUCGCUCGGUCCAGCUUUGAUUUGGGUCACCACUCCCGCACUUGGGCACCCCAUCCCAUUCCAGCCUUGUCCUGGCCUCCCACUUUGAUGGGUGCUAGGAGGAAGAGAUGACGUUUUGUCUACCAGCUUCACGGCCUGUUCCCCAGUGAAGGAAGAAAGGAUCUUAGAGUCAUGAAUGUUUUACCACCAGGGCUGGCGCGCCCUGGACCUUGGCGCGUGGUCGGGGAAGGCGCGUGCGCAUGAAGGCUGCCGGGACCUGCUGGACAGCACGGGGUUUGGUUCACCGUGACGUGACGGAUGCUGCUGAUGGGGAGCGGGGCGUGGGGACGAGCGGGUGGGGUCUCGCAUCACAGGACUUGAAGGGGAUCAGGUACCCCCCUCAAAUGUGUUCUUGGGAGAAGUGACGCUCGGCCUCAUCAUGUGACACCUUUGGUGCUGGGGGCCUGGGGGACAGAGGGGGAAACAUUUCCACAGCAGCCGCUUCCCCACCAACACUAAGUUUUCCCACACUGUACAUUUCGAAGGUUUGGUCUCCCGGGUGGGCCUUGUUUGCCCCCUGUGCCAGGGAAAGUAGGGCCUGUGCAGCUGACUUCUGAGGACUGUGAGCUGGGCGGCACUGACGUGGCCGUGGGUCCUGUUUGGUUGGGAGUGGGCUGCACGCAGAGCAGGCGGGGCGAGGGCUGGGUGUGUGUGGCCAGGGCACUGGAAUCCCUGGUGGAUUCCGAUUCCUGGGAUGAGCAGUAACGGUCCUGGGCCUGGCGAGGAGGGGGCCGAGGGAGCAGGCCUUCUGACGAGCUGGUUGCUGGCAGCACCAGGGCGGGCCGCUGGGGAGGGGCGGACGGGUUUCCCAGCCUGGGGGUUGGCAGUGUGGCAAGUGGGGGAGGGCCAGUGUGGCAGCUGGUCACCAUCCGCAGCUGUGUCGGAGUUCCCUUCGCCCAGCUUGAAGAGGUAAGAUUCCGCAGAGUCGCACAUCUCCUGCCGCUCACGUGGUGGGUGGACAGACACAAGUUGCCUGUGGUGAACACGUUUCCACUGCUAGUUGGAGAUCAUUAGAAUUGAACUCAGUAUCUUUUAGAAUGAAGUCAAGUUAAGUGUAAACCUCAGUUCAUUUUUUUUUUUUUUUUUUUCCAAAACGGGAAACAUCCAAGGACAGGGUAACUGAGCUGUAGAUAGAGUCAGACUAGAGUUGAAUUGAGUCAGGAAGGGAGGCAAGUUGGUUACAUAGGUUAAGGAGGCUCCUUUCAUUUUACUGGUUCUGGGGCCUUCCGUUCUGUUCACUUUAAAUAUAACUUGCCAGUAAUUGUUAGAGUAUCCAAAGGCCUUUCUAGAUGGAGACAGAAUAGCUGACUUGAACAUACAGUGUGCCUAUAUGUGUCCAGGCUCAGAGCUGCUGGAAACCCUUCCGCUGGGCAUAUACAGGGUUAAACUCCCCGCACUGACCUGAGGGGACGUCAUAAAGUCAUGAUCACUUACGUGCUGGUGUCCUGGGCAGCACCAUUGAUGCCUUUACUAUUGCCUCACCAGGGAAGCAGAGGUGGCUUUGGGGGGCCGUCACACUCUGCUUCCCAGAGCAUCCUUGGGCUCGCCUGUGCUGAGGUCCACGUGAGAGUCUGGGUCCGCACAGCUCGUGUGGGGAGCUCAGUGGGCCCACCACCUCCUGAUCUAUUUCUCCUCCUGGUACUUGGCGUUGUUCACCCUGGGCUUGUACGACACGUGCCCGGAGCACAGCCCCAAGGGACCACAGAGGAGUCCCCGGCCACCGUCACCCCAGUGAGGACGUGUGAGACUGCUCCGUGGGGUUAGAUAGGAAAUCAUGCCUCUGCUUCGGCCACAGGUUGGGCUUCUUGCCAACAGUACUGACACUACUUGUGUUUGUCUUGCUCGGGCCCAAGGGGACGGGCAGCCUGGCUUUCAGAUCCUUGAGCCAUCCACAGGCCCUGGAGGUGGGCAGGGUGGGCCCCAGCACGGCUUCCCCUGUGGGAAGUUGGGUCGUGUCCUUUCAGUUAGAGGAGGCCAGGAGGAGGAAUUGGAGGGCCUGCAUUUCAAUGCUCGUCAAGGUUUUUUUUUUUUUUUUCCCCAUGAAGUUGUUGGUAGGAGAUGUGAGUUAUUCCCAAAGAUGUCUCAUGAGGAAAAAGGAACUUCCUUUUGUUCACAUUCAGGAUUUUUCGUGCCAUAUGAUGUAGCAAAAGGCAAUGUCAGCCAGGUCAGUGUUAAAUUCAUUAUGAAAAGUACAGUAUCCCCAUAAAAGCAUCUAUUCUAGGUGUCGGAGUAUGUUUGAAGGGUGGGUUGGGAGAAAGGAGGCAUUUCCUCAUUGUCCUGAAUCAGUAUGAAUACUGUAUGCUUAUAUCAAAACCAGAAAUUUGCACAGGUAGGAAUUCUCUCACUUGUGGAUGGGAGAAGCUGCCCCUGGAAUCUGUGAGGUUGGUGUUCCAUGGAGCCUAGCUUUGAAAGAUUUAGUUACUAGGUAGAAGGAGCAGGGGCUGAGGAAGAGGGAAGUUGAACAGAACCCGGAACCUGAACAGAAACCCAGAUUUACAUGUAUGUCCUAGUCCUGGCAGAGGACACGGUAACUCCAGACUCGUCCCCGCCAUCCAUCGCUCGCCCCGGUCUCCCCUUCCUUUUAGGCAUUCCGGAACGCGCUCUGAUGGGAACCCAGAACACUUCUCACGUCCUGCUGCAGACACUCUAGCCUGAAGUCUGAGAGCCGCAUCAGGGUGCACGGUGCAAACACGAUUCAGUUAUGAAUUCACACAGUGACACUGAAGUCCUACAGACCAAAACCAGUGCGUCAGCAGGAGCAGUGGCCCGGGGCCCAGCGCCAGCGCUCGCUCCUCUGGCUCAUCCGAGGGCUGCUGUGUCGGGCGAGGAGAGCCAGGCCAAGGGUCCAGGCUGCUUUAGUCCAUCUGUGUCCCACUCGGUUGGGGACAGAUGGUUUUUCUUUAUUGUAAAAUUGUGGACUUUUAAAACCUGUUGACUAAACAUUAAUUUAUAUUUGUGAAAAAUGCCACUGUCCUAGUGAUUUCUGAUGUAAAUAAUGUUGUUUAUAUAGUAUGUAUUAAAUUUUCCUACAUUGUAAA